AUGGAGCAGCUGCUGGCGGCCGUUGAGCUGAGCCGGAGCCAAAGUGAGGCUACCACACCCACGGCCACCACCACCAUAUCGAUCUGGAGCGCCCCUUCCGAGGGCAGUGGCCCCGGUUCCCUGGACCCCGCCUCCUUCCGGUUCCGCCUGGAUGGACAGGCCAUAUUGCCGCCGCUGAUGACGAGCGCCAAGCGGCGCGAGGUACAGCUGGCUCGCCAGAUGGCUUUGAGGCUGGAGGAGCGCUACCGCCUGGCCAGACGCUCGGCGGGAUCCGACAUGGCCAGUUUGAGGAGCCUGUCCCAGCUGCGGCAAACGGAGACCUUCAUCUACGACAGCACCCAGGGACAGGCGCGUCCGCAGACUCUCGUCCUGGGCAUUCAGCUGCCCACCAUACAGGUGGAUCCGCCCACGCCCCAGCCAUUGGAGAACUUGUCCCCCAGGCGGCACAAUCGUAUCACCGAUCGCAUCCUCCAGUUCGAGCAGUCGGGACUGGGUAAACUUCUGCCCAAAGUUCAGGACCAGAGGAUCCCGCGAUCUAGUACCAGUCCAUCCAUGGCUGAACGCAAGGAGCAGCCGCAGCAGGAGUUGAAGAAAACGCAGGCAGAGCCAGCUAACUUCCAGCGCUCAAGAAGCUUUACGCUGGAGGAGCCCUCUCAGGUUCUCGUUGAGCAUAUGCAGCGCGAGGCCCUGGCGGUCAGGCCUAGCCAGAGUUUGGCCAACUUCCAGAGGCAGACCAUAGAGUCUCAGGCUAAGCGGGUGAAUCGCAGUGCAAGGGGCAACAGCAGCAACACCACAAACACCACAACCGCCGGCAGCAGCUGCUCAAGAAGAGAUCGCGAGGUGGAACGUAUUAUAGAAAGGGCCUUGGGCGAGCAUUGUCCUUUGGAAGCUAGCCGGAAGGCAGGAGUGCGUAGCUACCUGCGUAGCCAUCGGGAGAGAAUGAAUCAGUUGGUCCUGCACCAGGAGGAGGAGCGUCGUCGCAUGCAGACGCAGUUUGAUCAUCAGCAGCGCCAGCUCAUUGAGGAACUGUGCGCUGAAAUCGAUGUUUCCUCGGGCAUCGAAAAUCCCGAUGGACUGGUGUCGCAGAGCACCAGUACGGGAGACCUGCACCGUGGCUCACCCACGCCUACGAUGUCUUCCUUUUUGGAUGCCACGCCACUUGGCGUCCAGGAGCUGGAUGACUUUCUUUCUAUGGAGGACAGCUGCCAAACGGCGGCCCCUUCUUCCGCUCGGAAGCGGUUGUUUAGUCCGAAACUAUCGCUGGGCUACGACUCGGAACCACAGCCGCUGGGGGAGAUAAGUGCUCCCAGCACACCGCGAUCGUUGCCACUAAGGAACAGCAGUUUAACCAACAGCAGACGAAGUGCACAAGCUGUGAGGAGACGAUCGCAAACUGUGGGCAGUAGUCCCAGGAAAUUGAACAGUGCUGCAGGCCGCGAGGUGAUCAAAUCGCCUGCGAAGACCGGAAGUGCAGGAGGACGCCCGAAAAAUUCCCCAGUAAACGCCAGCUCCACUUUAUCGAAAAGGAACAACCCCCCAGCAAGAAGCACCUCACCGCCAAAGCGACUAAGCAAUAAACAUUGCAAUCUGGAACAGGAAGAGCGCCAGUGGGCAGCCACGCGUAUAAAUGCCGCAGUGCGAGGAUUCUUGAUCCGGCGGCUCUUUGCCACCGAGCAAGUGCAGCGUGUAGUUCAGACCAUCAGAGACACCCUGAUCUUCGUGCUCAACCUACAUCUGGAAACCUGCGGAAGUGGCCUGGAUGCAGAGGAGCCCACUAAUCUACGCCUCAAGGCGCGACUGCUUCAACAGCUCUGCUCGGCCAGUCGCACGCUUCACCUGAUCUUUUUCCAGACCAACACAAAGGAGCGCAUGGAGAUCAUCGCUCGGGAUCGAAAGCGGAUCAAGACUAAGCUACUUCUCAAACACCGCUGAUUCGAUUCUAAUGUCAUAGGUUAGACAUGCCUGCCUUAUUAAGCACCUAUUAAAUUUUUAAUAACAGUAGUUAA